AUGUCCUACAACCUCGCUUCAUUGACUCCUUCCAGACCGGCUCCCACACCACCUGCCGGUGGUAACUCAGCCAGACCAUCCAAUGCUCACUCAUACUCAUCCCAACCAAAGUCCAGCUUCUCUUCCACCUCGUACGCCUCGUCUUUUCCCACUAUCAGCCCGACAUCCGCUCUUUCCGUAACUCGUCAGGACGGCGGUAGGAAUGAGGCUGUCAGAGCAGGUCUCGCCAGCGUCAAGGAAGAAGGUCUGCGAGCCUUCAUGUGGAGUAAAAGGUGGCUUGUCCUGGGUGGAACGGAGUUGAGCAUCUUCAAGUCCGAGCAAUCGUCAUCCCCUGUCUUCAUCUUACCCUUGUCGGACAUACAAGAUGUUCAACGAGUCGACAUGAAACCGUUUUGCAUCGAGCUUGAAACCAAGGACAAGCUGCUCUAUUUUGCGUUCCGUUCGGAUGACGAGGUCUACGCCUGGAUGGAUGACAUAUACAAUCGCUCUCCGCUGAUGGGUGUUUCGGGACCCACCAACUUCGUUCAUCAGGUGCAUGUUGGUUUUGAUCCUAUUUCAGGUGGAUUUACUGGAUUACCUCCUCAAUGGUCCAAGCUGCUCACAUCCUCAGCAAUCACGAAAGAAGAGGCAGCUCGACAUCCAGAGGCCGUUCUCGAUGUCCUGCAGUUCUAUACUCAGCAGCAGAUGGGCCAAGGUGCUGGCGAUUAUCAACAAUCACCACUACCUACUUUGCCUACACAGUCGCGGACCGCCAGUGCGGCUGCAACUCGCUUCGAGGGUGUGGGUUUGGGUGGUCAGCAACCACAACGAGAAAGAGGUGGUUUUUCAAACAACGAAGCACCGUUUGUUAGUACUAAGCCAGGACCAUCUCCCGCAUCUUCGACUCCUGAUAACCGUGAUCCAAUCCGUCCCUUGGUCGCUGAAAGAAAGGCGCCACCACCUCCCCGUUCUGCUGGACCAUCUCGGCCACUCGAACCGCAAACAGACAGAAAAAUGCAUGCAAAACCCGAUGUCAAACAAGAGCCAGAAUCCAAAGCUCUACCGCCCACGACGUCUGCACAACCGCAAGCGUCUACCACUCGACCGGAGAGGAGGAUAAGCACGAUGAAUGAGGCCCAAAUAAUGGAGAAGCUUCGAUCCGUCGUCAGCGCCGAGGAUCCGGCGCAGCUGUACUCGAAGAUCAAGAAGGUCGGCCAAGGAGCCUCAGGAAUGGUGUUUGUCGCUAAAGCGCUUACAAGUGGCAAGAAAGUGGCCAUCAAGCAGAUGGACCUGCAACAGCAACCUCGUAAAGAACUCAUAGUCAAUGAAAUUAUCGUUAUGAAGGAGUCCCAACAUCCCAAUGUGGUCAACUUCCUCGACGCUUUCCUUGUCCGUAAUUCGGAGUUAUGGGUAGUCAUGGAAUACAUGGAAGGCGGAGCGCUAACAGACGUUAUCGAGAACAACAAAUUGACCGAAAAUCAAAUCGCUGCCAUCUGUCUAGAGACGUGCCGUGGCUUGCAACAUUUACACUCUAGAUCUAUCAUCCAUCGUGACAUCAAGUCUGAUAACUUACUUAUGAAUGCACAAGGUCAAGUCAAAAUCACCGAUUUUGGCUUCUGCGCUAAACUAACGGAACAAAAGUCGAAGCGAGCGACCAUGGUCGGCACACCUUACUGGAUGGCGCCUGAGGUUGUGAAACAAAAAGAGUACGGUGCGAAAGUAGAUAUAUGGUCACUCGGUAUCAUGGCUAUUGAGAUGAUUGAAAACGAACCACCAUAUCUGGACGAAGAACCCCUCAAAGCACUUUACUUGAUAGCUACCAACGGAACUCCAACUCUAAAGAAUCCGGAACGACUUAGUCAAGAUCUUAAGCACUUUUUGAGUGUGUGUUUGUGUGUGGAUGUCUCAUUCAGAGCGACAUCUACCGAGUUGCUGAAACACGAAUUUCUGCAACUCGCUUGCCCCAUCAGAGAUCUGGCUCCUCUGCUAAAAUUCAAGCAAGCCCCGGUAAGCUCCAAAUCUCUAAUGGCUGUGAUCUACUCCUGA